AAUGAAAAAAGGAAACCUGUGCCCUCUGCCUUCUUCAAUUCACACACACCCCACCCCACUUCACAUUUGAUCGAUCAAUCAAUCAUAAAUGAAUAAUCUAAACAAACACAAUCCCAUGAUAAUAAAUUAAUUCAUCAUCACCCACAACAAUAACAACAAUUGAAAUGUCCAGACAACAUCAACAGUCAGAACCCACAAGCUCCAAUGGAGAACAACAACAACAACAACAAGUGAUGGAUUGUAGCAGUAAUCUGAAUUCAUUGUGUGAACAUAUACAAAUAGAAGGGUUGAAUAAUGGGUCUUUCUCAGAUGUUAUUGUUCAAGCCAUGGGCGACUCUUAUCGCCUUCACCGUCUCAUUUUGUCUCGCAGUUCUUAUUUCAGGAACAUGCUUCAUGGACCUUGGAAAGAUGCAAAUGCCCCAGUUUUGACAUUGCAUGUGGAUGACAACAAUGUUAAUAGAGAGGCCAUUGCUAUAGCUUUGGCAUACCUGUAUGGAAAUCACCCUAAACUUGAUGACAAUAAUGCAUUCCGUGUUCUUGCUGCUGCGUCUUUUCUUGACCUUCAGGAUUUAUGUGUAAUAUGUACUGACUUCAUUAUAUCCGAACUCUGGACUACAAACUUUUUAGCGUAUCAGGUGUUCGCAGAAGGACAAGAUUAUGGCAUGCAUGGAGAACGUGUUAGAAAUGCUUGCUGGGGUUAUCUUUGCCAAAGUGGGGCCAUGGAGUUGAAAGAAGUACUUCCAAAGCUCUCCUCCCAAACAUUGCUUGCAUUACUGACCUCUGAUGAACUGUGGGUCCCCAGUGAAGAAAAACGAUUUGAACUGGCAUUGUACACCUUCCUAGCAAAAGGUGCAAUAAGUAAGGCAGGACCUCCAGGACAAUGUGGAUCCACGGGGAAAAAUACACAUUCUGAUUCUUCUAAAGCACAGGGGAAGAAGUUGGUCUGUGGCAACAAUAAUCAAACACCAUCAUCUGAAUUAGGUCAUUUGAGUUUAAAAGAUGAAGGAGAAGGCUCUGUUACAGCUCAAACCAUUUUAGUUGAGCUAGCAGAUCGGGUUGUAGAUUCCCAGACUGGGCUAAAAGAAUCAGGAUGUGAACAGGCUAAUAUGGAAUCAAAAUGUCAAUGUAAGGCUGAACAGACUUCAGUCACUCCCCGUACUUAUGAAGUGAGCUACUCAUCCUCUUAUCAGGAGAUGCCAAUUGGUGGUGAUAUGGCGGCAAUGGAAGGGCCAUCUGAAGAGAGUCCUUGCUAUCAAUUAAAUAACAAUAACUGGCUCGCUGGGGGCCCAAGAUAUGGUAAUUGCAUGGGCUCUUCAUGUAGUGAUAUUAUAUCAAAUGAAUGGGGAAGAUGUGACAUGCCCAUGUCAUGGGGUGGCAGAAUUGUUGGUAGAAGAGAGUUGAAGACUUGUAUCAAAGGGAUUUGUGGGUUGAACAGUGAUGAAUAUGACACAUUUGUCAGUAUUUUCGAAGGAGGAUCUCUUUUAUACUGUAACAUGACUUUUGAGGCUCUUCUAAAUGUGAGGAAGCAGCUAGAAGAAUUGGGCUUCCCCUGUAAAUCUGUUAAUGAUGCUCUUUGGCUACAGACACUUUUGAGUCAACGGGUGCAUGAAAUUGGGGCAGACACCUGCAAAAAUUGCUGCCUUGUUAGUAUGGCUUGCCAAUGUAGGCCACAAUAUGGAUUUGCGAGAACGGGUUAUUACAUGCAAGAGCAUGACCAAAAUAAUGCGGUUACGGGGUUAGGAGAGGUUUAUGUUACCGAUUCUUCUCAAGGUGAAACAAAUGGACUAUUCCGUCCUGUACGAGUGCCUGCAAGGGGAACUAUUGAUGGGUUGGCAGGUAUAGGACGUGGGUCUAGUUAUGUACCUGCAACUGCAUGGCCUCCAACACGUUUUGUCUUUUCCCGUGUGCCUAUACAUAUGGGCAACAGAAAUUGUCAGCAGUCUCUUGGUAAUGAUGAUCCAGAAAAUAGAGUGGACCAUAAUGGGGAACAUGGUGGUGAUGGGUUGACUGCUUUGGUUGGGCUCAGUCAAGGGACGGGCAACACAGAUGAGGCAGAUGUCAUUGGCAGACUAGUUGGGCAUUCAACUGCAGGCCCAAGCAGCAGUAGUGUGCAGAUGAUGGAGUCUUCUGAGCAAGCUAUUGGAGUCGAAUGGGAGAAUGAAAGUAGCUCUAUAUCACUGGAUUUAAAAACCCCACUAAGUCACUUCCCUCCAUUUCGCUUUGCGGUAGAGUUCCAGGAAGUUCAUCGACACAAUGAUGGACAAGUCAAACACUCUCCAGAGUACUUUUAUGCUGGUUCGUUGUGGAAGGUAAGUGUUCAGGCCUUUAACGACGAAGAUGUUCAAGGACGUAGAACCCUUGGAUUGUUUUUACACCGUAGAAAGGCAGAGAUACCUGAGUCGUUUAGAAAGGCUCAUAUGUACGUGGAUGCUCGUGAAAAGGUUACUGCCCGCUACCAGCUAAUUUGUCCAUCAAAAAGAGAAGUAAUGGUUUUUGGGAGCUUUAAACAACCCGGAACCCUUUUACCAAAAGCUCCGAAAGGAUGGGGUUGGCGUACUGCUUUAUUAUUUGAUGAGCUUGGAGAGCUCCUACAAAACGGGGCCUUGAGAAUUGCUGCAGUCGUGCAACUUAUAUGAGGCACAUUUUCUGUGUUCUACUAGUAAAAAAAACUAACAUAAAGUAUAAUAAGCUUAAACGAGGAUAUAACCUUUAUAUUAUUUGGGAUGAACAUUUAGAUAUCAUUCCAAUACUUGCAUUAUAUUCCUUAAGAAAUUGUUACUAGUUGCUUGAUA